AUGGCUGGCAAAAUUGGAGAGGUCCGUCAGAGCAGGGUGCUUGCUGUCCGGCGCCCGUCGGACGCUGGAGUCAUCUGGGGCGGCUCCGGCGGUGGAGGACGCGCGCGGCGGCGGCGGCGACGACGGCGGCAAGGAGCGGGCAUGCAUCAGCCCUGGAAAGGAGGGUCGACAGCCACAGCAGGGCAGAAGCGUGCAUGGCUGGCCUGGCUGGCCUGGCCGCUCGGAUGGAUGCCGUGGGCUCCAGACACUCACUCGAGGCGUUUCCGGUUGAGCCACCUCAGCACCUCAGGCAGGGUAAACCUUCAGACGGCUCAGCGAAUUGCAGACCCGCCGAGGCAAGCACCCCGGGGAAGCGCGGCAGGGCAGCCCGCGCCUGGAUUGGAAGCAGCCGCAGGCGGUGCAGGUAGCAGGCAGGCACGUCGCUGUUGGCAUGGAAGUCAGGGCAGGACCAGCUCGAGGGAACGAAGGGAGGAAGGAAGGAGCACAGGUGCCAUACUGUACAAGCAUGUACAGGACAGCAGGGCGUACUCCUUAGCCGCCUUCCCCUUGGACAGGAAUUGCCAACCUUGGUACGGAGUACAAUACAAUACCGUACCUCAGGUAGUACCUACCCAGGCACGCAAGGCAGGCACAGAGUUAGUCGGUACCUGGCGAACACACCUGUUCUACCUGUGCCCCGUGCCCACGCUACCCGCCCACCACCGCGCGUGUCAGCGGCCAACCGCGUAUUCCGUACCCGAUGUGGAUGUCUUCAUCAGGGAGUCCAUUCGUCGCGGGUUCAGCCCGCCUGUUGCUUCCCAAAGCAAAAUGCGAAGGACUGACCGACUUGACCUGGCUUCUGGGUGGCUCCCAACAAAAAUUUUGCAUCCAUACGAGUCGACUCCCUUUUGCGCACCUGCAGCGCAGCGCAGCGCAGCACGUCCAGCAGUUUUUUUUGCGGCGUUGAACCCGCUCCGCCGCGUGCACCGGCCACUGUCCUGUCCCCAUCCUCAACCCCAUCGUCCAUCCCCCAUCCGGCCUGCAAUUUUGCCGCCGGAACGAGCAGGGAGGGACGAAGAAAAGAGAGCUAGCGCGUUGCUCUUCUCCGUGCUGCACCGACAAGAGUGUGCUGUGCCCCAGCAUCGUGCUGCCCAGGUGCAGGCAAACAGACACUUUGUUCAACGGAGUCUGGCGCGCCUGCCCCCCCGGUGUCGGUUCAAUCCUCCUCAGUGGCGCCGACUUGGGACCGGCCGUUCGCCUCCGUCGGCCGCCCACGAUCUACCACCACCCACCCGGCCGCGCCCCUUGACUGAUGGGGCCCAGCCGAGCUUGCAACUCCAGGCUCCAUCCCAUCGUCCCUCCCGUUACCCACGGCUGCCGAGCUUCGGCCACCAGGCAAAUUGGAAACGCUUCUUCUCCAACUGUUGGAGAAGCCUGAGCUGGCCGCCACACGCACAGCCGCGCGCACACACCACCGCUCACACCACAGCAAUCGCACUCACACCACGCCAACUCCACACGCAGACCCUUUUCCCGCCGUUGGUGCUCCCGGCACUGGCCCUGCCUGGCCCUCCAACAUCACCCGUCCGCCUCCGUCGUCGUCCGCCGGGCGCACCACGCCGCCGCCGCCGCCCCUGCAUCGGCAACGCGUCCCUCUCAAAACGGCCCCUUCCACCGCAGUUGGCCCUCCGCCUUGUCCGGCCCUCGACCACAGCACCACUCCAUUGGACGCGCCCUGCCAGCCUGGCUCUUGGUCGGCGCUCGUAUUGGCUUGCACUUGCACUUGCACUUGCACCUGGACUGGCCUGCACUGCGCUUUGUUCCGACUCAAGUACCCGGUACCUGCUACAGACUCGACUGUGUUCGUACCUCCCGACUACCUUGGCUCGGGAUCGCUUCGCUUCGUCUCACCCCCAUCCCAUCAUCGCUCAUCUCGUCUCUCCGUCCGCCUCUUGCGCUUCCGCUUCCUCUUCCUCUUCACCCUCCUCCUCUUCCUCCUCUUCCUCCAAACAAACUCUCUCCACUCCUCCUUCUACUCCUACUCCUCCUCCUUGUCGCCCUCACCCUCUCGCCCUCCUCCAUCGCACUCGCGGGCUAGCAUCGUCUCUUGCUCCCGGCAUCUGA